AUGAAGACCAAACAACUUACAGUCUGCGAUGAGUGCAGAAGACGAAAACUUGGCUGCGACGGAAAGCAGCCAUGCUGCUCUCAGUGUGUCUUCUCUGGCCUCGGUUGUCCAGGGUACAAGAAGCACAUUGUAUUUCGUCAACCCUCAUCACCAGGCUCGGUCGCUUCCGGUCAGCGGAAGAAGCGGGCACGUCAAAGCAGGACACCCAAUCCCGCAAGUCAGAGGCCGAAACCUCCGACUCGGGCCUUGACUUGGCCGCUCAGCGACGUACUCUCAAUGUGCAUACAAAACUUUGUCCCCGCCAACGAGUUAGGUUCGAUGUCCAGCACUUCAAAGCCUUCGCAGUCUCGAAUAUGCGGAGCAUGGGUGGAAGUUCUGCCGGGGAUCGUCGGGACAGAUGGGAGGCAUGACGGACCUUUAUCCUCCGCCAUCAAAGCUCUGGGGAUCUCACUGAUGGCCAGAGGCCCCAAGGGGCGAGCUCCUGUCCACGAAGCCAUUGAAGCGCACUCCUCGGCGCUCAAGGCUGUAGGGUACCUCAUCCCACGCGCCAAUGAUGAUCCGAACAACUAUACCGAGAUAUCUGCAGCCAUUAUGUGCUUGUUCCUGUCAGAGAAAUUCUUUCCCACAUCGGGCUCUGCAGCGACAGUCCACGCAAGGGGCAUCGGUGAGCUAAUUCAACUCCGCCCGCCGCAAUUCUACGCUUCUGGAACACCCCACAAACUCUUCGUUGGGUUCAGACCAAUUCUGAUUCUCCACGCGUUUGACACUCGGAAAUCGACCUUUCUUGGGGCGCCUGAGUGGAAAGAAGAGCCGUUUCGGCGUGUAGUCCAAGAUCCCCUCCAGGCCCUCUUGAGUGAGGCCUGCGCCAUACCCGCUAUUUUCGAAAUGCUUGAUCACUGUAACGACGAUAGUGAAUCUGCCGCCCGCAAAGCCGCCAUCCAGUUUGUGGAAGCUAUCAACCGCCUGGACUUUUGGCACAAAUCAGCAAACAUGGCUAUGGGGGACUUGACACGUUUACAAAGCGUUUCACCAGCCGGUACCGCCAGCCUCGAAUUCCCAAACAUCACCGUGGCUAAUUCGUUGAGUCACUACUGGGCGUUCUGGAUUAUUUGUGCCACCCAGAUACAGCGAUUAGCAGCACACCACCCAAACAUCUCGCAAGAUUGUCUUCUGAUAGGCGGAGAAUACCCCGCAAGCAGAGCGGUGACCCAAAAGGUUCUCCAGCUCGCAACUUAUAUCCUUGAAAGUACAGGCUAUUUGAUGCAGGAGGACAUGAAACUCUAUGGCACAGCAUCUGCGUUCUUUCCUUUGCAUAUCGCGAGGGGUGCGCUGGAAAUAUUUGGAGGCGAUGAUGAGGCCAUCUGUGAACAGUUGGCGAGAAAUGCUGAGAUUAUACGCCAACAAGGAUAUGAGGAUGUCUUAUUACAUAGGCGGACAGUGCUUCUUGGUUAA